GCACCACUUCCUCCGGCUGAGACCCGAUAACGUUGUUUCUUCCGUUGAGGGUUCUGCAGAACCCUCCAGUUUCAUCACGGAACAGAAAGAAAACACACCGGAGAGCACUGAUUUCUUCACGGGGAGGAGCAUCAAACCUACCGCUGGUCCUGGCAGUGAGCACUACGGUGUUGUGCCUGUGUGCCCAAUAUCAUGAAAGCCUUCCGGCUACACAGUCCCUAUAUUUGUCAGUUGCACGGAAGGGCAUCUCUGAGGCAAAAUACUCCAGCCAGUGGCGAAGGAUGUUUGGACAGAUGCAAAACACAGAGGGAUCAAUGAUGCAGAAGACAAGAAAGCAUCCCUAUCAUUGUCAACACAAGUGGACAUGCAAAGAUUACCCUAAAUGUCCCAAGUGGCAUCAGACUGCUCUGAGAUUGUCCAGCAUUGCACUGGUUAUACUCAUUGCCAUAGUGAUAGGACUAACCAUUUUGGUAUGUCGCCUAAGUAGUGAGAAAGGAACCAAAGAUUGUGAUGGCAUGAAUAUUUCUCCCAGGAAACAACAGGACAAUACAAACUUCACAACAAAGUCCACGCUAAACUUAUGCCCUAAUAACUGGCUGCAGAAAAAAGGGAAAUGCUAUAAUUUCUUAAAAACCUUUAAAUCAUGGACCGAUAGCCAAAAAUCCUGUUUAAUAAUGAAAUCACAUCUCUUGAUGAUCCAAGACAUGGCUGAACUGAAUUUCAUACAGAGUAGUAUACCGGAUGGAAUUUACUUUUGGAUGGGUCUGAACAUCACGCACCCACAAAAGGCAUGGACCUGGCUGGACGGCACCCCAUUAAAUCUACAGUUAUUUCAAGUCAUGGGCCAAGUUGAAGAUAACGCCUGUGCUGUAAUAACAAAGAAGGGUGUGUUUUCCGAAAAGUGUUGUAAUGAGAGUUACUGGAUUUGUCAACAUGUGAUUUCUUCAGACAAUGACUUCUAAACUGAUUGCAGUCUAUCCUUCCUAUGAAAAAAAAAAUUCAGAAGUCUUUUUUUAUUUGUGUAUUUUUGUAGAUGUACAUCAUUUUUACAACAAAUAUUAAAAUAUUUGUAUGGUGAUGAUGAUGAUGAUAAUGGUGUAGAUUUGUGUCACUAUAACUCUGGGCAGUCAGGCUUAACUCAUUCCUUGUGGCCUUGUCACUCUUGUCACUGGUGCUAUAAUUCAGCAGUCAUCCCCCAUUCAUCAUAGUGGCUCUUUUAGACAGAAGUUGGCCUUUCAUCUCUUCGACAAUUCUCUCCCUACAGCCCCCAUUCAUCAUUAGCAGGGGAGCUUUUUUUUUUUUUUUUUGAAGAGAAGCCGUCAGAUGAUACAUUCAUGAAUUUUCCACCACUGAGUCUACACAAUUGUCUGCAUCUUACUUAUUUCUUUUCCUUCUCCUCCUAUUUCCAAAGAAGGGGUCUUCCUCUGUCUGGCUACAUCAAAUCUCAAAGUCUACAGCCGGGAUCGCAAGAGAUUCCUUCCUUCAUCACCUCCACUUCUAACCUCUCUCUUCUUACGCCUCCUUUUCUUUCGGCAAUGAAAAUGCAAGAACGCAAGAAAAUUUUCCCUGAACCACUUGUGGCUUCCAGUUUCUAUCCAGUGUCUCCCACCUGUUUUAAGUCCAACUUCCGAGAAAUUGUUUAUACUUGCUUUUUCCUCUUUUCACCUCCCACUCCAGGUUCUUCUGCAAUCUGGUUUCUGCUUUUCCCACUAUUUCACUAAAGUCUUCUCAUCACAUCAAGAAUGCCUUUCUUCUGCCUAAACACAAUGACAGCUUUUUAGCUUUCCUCUUAACUCUCAGCAGUGUUGUUCAUUUGUGGCCUAUCCUUUCUUCUAGAAAUAUUCUCUGACCUUGGCAUCUAUGACACAAUGCUCUCUUGAACUUCUAUCUCCCUUCCUUGCCAUUGCUCUUCAGUUUUUUGUUUGUUUGUUUGUUUGUUUGAAGCAUUGCUUCUCUCUUCUGAUCUCUUAAAUACUGACAUUCCUUGGAGUUUUGCAUGAAUUCUCUCAUACAUAAUUCUUGGCUAAACUCAUCCACUCUGUAGGUACAGUUACCAUCAAUUUAUUGAUAACU